UGCUCCAGCUCGUUCCGACGAAAACACAGGCAGAGGAAGGAAGCGACGACAUCAAACCACCUAAAGGCUCGUACCUAUCUGUCGGUAUUUCACCGAUAAGCUGCCAGCGCCGCGGCCACGGAUCGUUUUAUACGCCGUUUUUAGUUUUUAUAUCGCUGCUUUGAAACAGACUCUACCUCCUCCGUGUUCACCUACUGCCAGCUGACUGACUUUGACGCAACAUGCCUUCAGAAAAAUCCUUCAAACAAAGAAGGACGUACGAACAGCGAGUAGAAGAUGUCAGACUGAUCCGGGAGCAGCACCCCAACAAGAUACCUGUGAUUAUUGAGAGAUAUAAAGGAGAAAAGCAGCUCCCCAUCCUGGACAAGACCAAGUUCCUGGUGCCAGACCACGUCAACAUGAGUGAACUUAUCAAAAUCAUCAGGAGGCGACUCCAGCUAAACUCCAACCAGGCUUUCUUCCUGCUGGUUAACGGUCACAGUAUGGUGUCUGUGUCAGCGGCCAUCUCUGAGGUGUACGAGCGAGAGCGCGACCAAGACGGCUUCCUCUACAUGGUGUACGCGUCCCAGGAGACCUUCGGCGGCGCCGCGACCGCCCAGUGAACGACCUUUCUUCAUCCCUUCUUUUCUUCUUCCGCUGGGCCUGGCGACUGGACAGUUGUAGUUUUUAGUCUCCCCACUUUUUCAUGUUUCCUGCCACACCCUUUUAAGUAUUAACUGUAAGAGCUAAAACACAGACACAAACUGCUAAAUCUAAACACAGCAUCUGAUCGUUUGCCAGCUCACACCGGUUCAGGUUGUGUGUCUGUGUACCGCCACUCUCAGCCAGUAGCAUAAUGCCGCAAGGGUUGACCAGAACAGCAGAGUUUAGGUAGAAAAAUCCCCCCCCACACACACACACACCCCCCCCCAACCAAGUGUAAUGAUGACUCAGGCCAAUAAGAGUCUUUCCUCUUUGUUGUUGUCCUCUCUGGAUACAUUGUGUCCACUGUCAAGUACAUGUUGAUGGCAUUUUUGUUUCCAGUGUUGUGGUUACAUGUCUGUUUAUGUUAAUGUAUAUAUACAUUUCAGGUAGUGAUGUUACAUAAAAGGUGCCGGGGCUCACCACUUAACUGUCUCUCUAUAUAUACAUUAGACAGUGAACAAUGCCAGCCCUCUGUUGCAGUUAGAAGAUAAAGCUUGGGGAUUUCUUUAGCCACAGAGAUUUGAAAAUGAAUAGAGGAGCUCCUUAAGCGGCACGUCUCAUCAGAUUACAUAUAUGGUCCUUCUUUGCUGUUUUUAAUGCCUCCUUGCAUUGUAGUCAAAAGCAUCCUCACUGUCUGAUGUUAGGAAGCUGCUUUGCUCUUGAAACAGAUGAUUGUAGUCCACUAAAAAAAAGAAGGAAAAAAAAAAAAAA